AUGAGCGGCAACAACUUGGAUGCGAACGACGAGUUUGAUGAGCAGUUGCGAAUGCAAGAAUUGUACGGAGACACCAAGGACGACGACACCGAGAAAGAUCCCGGUGCAGAAACCGAUUCUUUCGGGCAGCAGCCGACUGACACCCCGUACGAGUGGGACCUCGACAAGAAGGCUUGGUUCCCCAAGAUCACUGAAGAUUUCAUUGCUACAUAUCAGGCCAAUUAUGGCUUUUCUAACGAUGGUGCAUCUAGUUCUACUGCAAGUGUCCAAGAUGUCAGUGCUAGGACUGCAGAAGAACCUCCGCAAAGACAACCCCCUGAACCCAGUGAUCUGAAAAAGAAGGGAGAAAAGAGAAAGGCUGAAUCAGGAUGGUUUCAUGUUGAAGAAGACAGAAAUACAAAUGUUUAUGUGUCUGGUUUGCCUCCAGAUAUUACAGUGGAUGAAUUUAUACAGCUCAUGUCAAAGUUUGGCAUUAUUAUGAGAGAUCCUCAAACAGAAGAAUUUAAGGUCAAGCUUUACAAAGAUAAUCAAGGAAAUCUUAAAGGAGAUGGACUUUGCUGUUAUUUGAAGAGAGAAUCUGUGGAUCUGGCAUUAAAACUUUUGGAUGACGAUGAAAUUAGAGGCUACAAGUUACACGUGGAGGUGGCAAAAUUUCAGUUGAAGGGAGAAUAUGAUGCCUCAAAGAAGAAGAAGAAGUGCAAAGACUACAAGAAAAAGCUGUCUAUGCAACAAAAGUUGUUGGAUUGGAGACCUGAGAGACGAGCUGGCCCAUCCCGAAUGCGCCAUGAGCGAGUUGUCAUCAUCAAAAACAUGUUUCAUCCAAUGGAUUUUGAGGAUGAUCCACUGGUGUUGAAUGAAAUCAGAGAAGACCUUCGAGUAGAGUGUUCAAAGUUUGGACAAAUUAGGAAGCUCCUUCUCUUUGAUAGACACCCCGAUGGUGUGGCCUCUGUGUCCUUUAGGGAUCCAGAGGAAGCUGAUUAUUGUAUUCAAACCCUCAAUGGAAGGUGGUUUGGUGGGCGUCAAAUCACUGCCCAAGCGUGGGAUGGAACUACAGAUUAUCAGGUGGAGGAGACCACAAGAGAAAGGGAGGAAAGGCUGAGAGGAUGGGAGGCUUUCCUCAACGCUCCUGAGGCCAACAGAGGCCUGCAGCGUUCAAAUUCCAUCCGUGCUCCAGAAAGGGCAGGGCCUUCUAGAGUUAGGCAUUUUUCUGAGCACCCUGGUACAUCUCAAACAAAUGUUCAAGCAGCCGCAACUGAAAUGGCAUUUGAAGAACCUAUAGAUGAAAAGAAGUUUGAAAAAAUGGAAGAUGGGGGAGAAGUUGAAGAAGCUGCUUCUGAGAAAGAUGCUCAAGAAGGUGGCCCUGAAAAAGAAGCUGAAGGUCCCCAAGAAGAAUCUGAAGAGAGCUGCCUUGAAAGAGAGUCUAAGGAAGGCUGUCCCAAGAGAGAGCGUGAAGAAGACUUCCCCGAGAGAGAGUCUGGAGAAGGCAGCCCUGAGAAAGAGCGUGAAGAGGGUAAUCCUAACAAAGAGUCAAAAGAGACUGUCCCUGAAAGAGAAUCCAAAAAGAAGAAACUCAAAACAGAUCCUGACAAGAAUGGCCAUGAGAAGGAGUCUGAAGAAGAAGGCCCAGGUAAGGAGUCUGAGGGGGAGGCCAGCCCCCAAAAGGUGGCUUCUGAAGAUGACGACUCAGAACAAGAGUCUGAAGACUGCUCGGAAAAGCAGUUUGAAGAUGGCUCUGAAAAAGAGUUAGAAGAAAAUGGCCUUGAGAAAGGUUUUGAGGAAGAUGCCUCCGACAAGGAAUUUAAUGAAAACAUUCCGGAAAAAGAGUUAGAAGAAAAUGAGUCUGAAAAAUCAGAAUUCGAAGACGACAGCUCUGAAAAAGUGUUUGAUGAAGAAGGCUCUGAGAAAGAGUUUGACGAAGAGUCAGAUGAAAAGGAAGAAGAGGAAGAUGCAUAUGAAAAGGUAUUUGAUGAUGAGUCGGAUGAGAAAGAGGACGAAGAAGAUGCAGAAGAAAAGGAACUUGAAGAUGCUGAUGAAAAGGACGAAGAAGAUGAUGCAGAUGAAAAGGUAUUUGAAGAUUCAGACGGAAAAGAAGAUGAGGAAGAUGGAGAUGUAAAGGAAGAUGAAGACAUAGAUGAAAAGGUGUUUGAAGAUGAUGAUUCCAAUGAGAAGUUGUUUGAUGACGAUUCCAGUGACAAAUUGUUUGAAGAUUCUGAUGAGAGAGGGACUGUGGGUGGUUUAGGGAAUGUUAAGGAGGAAGGGCCCUUGUCCACUGGCAGCAGCUUUGUUCUCAGUAGUGAUGAUGAUGAUGAUGAUGACGACACUAUUUAA